ACAUUGGCGCAUGCGUACGAAGAAUAUCUUCCAGGAACUCAUUUUCUGUUUAUUGAUAAAAUGUGAUAAAAGCUUUUAAAUAUUACCCUUUUCCUCUUCCAAAAAUAUGAACCGUUCAAGUAUUCAAGAAGCAAAUAGUCAUAUUGAAAUGUUAUAUGAAAGAAUUCGUGAACUGGAGGCAACUCUCGCUAAUCAAUCUGAAGCUAUGAGAGAUAUGCAAACGGAACACGAGCAUCAGCUUCAGCAAUUAUCUUCCUAUAAAGAUACACAAAUUUCAGCAUUACAGCAACAUCUUGACUCAUCAGAGCAUACUGUUAGAAAGCUAAUGAAAAAAUCAAAAUCUAGAGAACUAGAAGCUCAAAGAAGAGAGCACGCUCUUACUUCCGAAUUCGAAAGAAUACUAUAUUAUAAACCAACUCUAGAAAAAUUAGUUAGCACAAUGAAUUCAUUAGGAGAGAGAAUGAAUGAUAAAGAAACAGAGUGCGUCCAACGUGGGGUUUCACCGACUGAAUCUCAUGAUGAUAGUGGUUACCCAAGUGAUGUUGUUGGCAGUGCAAAAUCUGAUAAAGAACUUUACUUUUAG